CUUUUUCAUAGUUCGAAGCCAAAUAUUCCGACUUUCCGAGAAUUAUGGAACGCAGCUGCAGAUUGUAGGCGGUGCCUUUGAGUCUGGUCCAAUCGCAAAUAAAAGCUGGGUCUCGUGGGCGGGGCCAGGAAAGAGUCUUUCAAGCUCACGCAGCUAGGCUGGAGAUCGAAAUGGCGGCACCAGCAGAGAGGAUGGAGGUUUCUCAGGGGGAGAGCUCAGCCAAGCCUGCAGCUGAGGAUAUGACAUCAAAGGACUACUACUUUGACUCAUACGCCCACUUUGGCAUCCAUGAGGAGAUGCUGAAGGAUGAGGUUCGCACUUUGACCUACCGCAAUUCCAUGUUCCACAACAAGCAUCUGUUUAAGGACAAGGUGGUGCUGGACGUGGGCAGCGGGACAGGCAUCCUCUGCAUGUUUGCUGCCAAAGCUGGAGCCAAGAAGGUUAUAGGGAUCGAGUGCAGCAGCAUCUCAGACUAUGCUGUGAAAAUUGUCAAGGCCAACAAGUUGGAUGAUGUUGUGACCAUCAUCAAGGGGAAGGUGGAGGAGGUGGAGCUGCCUGUGGAGGGAGUAGACAUCAUCAUAUCAGAGUGGAUGGGCUACUGCCUCUUCUACGAGUCCAUGCUCAAUACAGUCAUUUAUGCCAGGGACAAAUGGCUGAAGCCAGAUGGACUAAUUUUCCCAGACAGGGCAACCCUUUAUGUCACUGCCAUCGAAGACAGGCAGUACAAGGACUACAAAAUCCACUGGUGGGAGAACGUAUAUGGUUUUGAUAUGUCGUGCAUCAAGGAGGUGGCGAUUAAGGAACCCCUAGUUGAUGUGGUUGACCCCAAGCAGCUGGUCAGCAGCGCCUGUCUCAUCAAGGAGGUGGACAUCUACACAGUGAAGGCGGAUGACCUGACCUUCACCUCACCGUUCUGCCUGCAGGUGAAGAGGAACGACUACAUCCACGCUUUAGUCACCUACUUCAACAUCGAGUUCACCCGCUGUCACAAGAGGACCGGCUUCUCCACCAGCCCAGAAUCUCCCUACACCCACUGGAAACAGACCGUCUUCUACCUGGAUGAUUACCUGACUGUCAAGACUGGUGAGGAGAUCUUCGGCACCAUCAGCAUGAAGCCAAACGUCAAGAACAAUAGGGACCUGGACUUCACCGUAGACAUCGACUUCAAGGGUCAGCUGUGUGAGGUGUCGAAGACGUCAGAGUACAGGAUGCGUUAGUCUCUCUCCCUCCCUGUAUUAGUUUGUCUGUAGUAGAGGACAGAUUAUACUGUUUGACUGGGAGUCUGUGCGAUAGUUUGAUGCUCCCCUGCAGCAACAUUUUUUUAGACUCGUUUUUGUUUGUUUUUUGUCAUUUUCUUGUUCAUACUUUAACAGUAUUUAAAAGGUUUUCACAUCCUUGGGGCCAAAGUGCAUUGGCGUGGUGAAUCAUUGUGCUGCAGUCACUCAACAAAACAUGUUUGACAUGUGCCUGGUGUUUGUGUCCACCGUCUUGUUGGGUUUUGCUUUUGGGUUCUUGUCCUUUUGCAUGUGUGAGAUCCAGAUAGACAUCAACACCAUGGCCCUGCUGACAUGUCUGCAUAGUAUUACUGUUCAGUCACUUUGGCCCUCUGUAUGGUCAUUACAUGACCCAGCUACUGGUCUCCCCUUACUUUAGAUUCUGUUGAAGCUGUAGGUAUGUGGGUCUUUGGAUUUCUGUAUACUCAAGAAACCCUGCGUCCUCCACUUGUGUACCAGUUAAUAGAGACCAUAUACAACAGACAAGAACGCUGUCCACUAAACACUUUAAGCCCUGUUCAGACCAAAAACAGCCAUGUAUUAAAAAACAAUAAUACAAGGGUUCUGUGUUGGUGUGAACGUGGUGCUCCAGUGCGAAGACAAAGUCAAAGUAUCAGGGUUCGCCACAGCAGCUCGUACUCCGCAAGGUUAUCGCAGCAGCAUCUCCGUGCUUGUGAGUUACACAGAAUUGGUAAAAUAAUGCACAGUACACACUCAAAGGUCUUAAAUCAGGAGCGUGUGCUUGCAUGCAUUAAAUGAGCAAACAGUGUUGCUGAAUAGCAAUGACUGCUGCAGCGACACCCCCGCUGCUUUUAGUGACCUAGUUGACCCAUACUGCAGGGUUGUUGGAGCUAGGGAUAAGCAGCUAUGGUCAAAGUAAAGAGUUGUUGCCCAAAAAUAAAUAGCGUAAAGGCCUAACGCUUGCGGCCAAGGAGGUCUAGUAUAUUCAGAAAGCAAUCAUCAUUGAUCCAAACUAAUAUUGCUAAAUGUAUGUUCUACAAGGUCCGUCUCAAACACCAAUAUUGUCUAUGGUAACAGUUUUAUUGCACUGCACCCCAGUAGUAGGAACCCCGACGGCAGUUGUGUCCCAAAGCCACACUACUACAUAGUAAUCGUCCUAGCAAUUAAAUAUCAACAUAGUUCACCAUUUUCUACUAAAAGGAAAUGAUAGUCUGUGUGUCGGAUGUGACUCAAACGGCAACUCUGGAAAGCCGCUGCCAAUCAAACUUACCUAACAGACAGCAACAUGUUUCUUCUAAGAUUUAAACAGAUUCUUUGGAGCGGUGUCGCCACAAUUUACAUGUUUUUCGGCUGUGAGCAGCUCCUCCAUUUCCUUUUGUGGGACAAUAGUGUGCAUCAACGGCGAGUACUGUCUGAUUUGAAGCAACUUCAUUUUGUUACUUUUCCAGUGUGCACACAUGCUAAAACGCUGCGUAGAAUCGGUAUGUAGUCUGGAUUUGGGACACGGUGCAUGAGAGAGACUGCAAACAUAAGUUGAUCCUAGCCAUAACCAGAAGUGGGCUGCUGCAAACCUGCAACUGUUUGUAAUUGGGCCUACGUCAUCUAUCGUCCAUUCUUUUGGCUUUGAUCCGGUCUCUCCCUUUUGAGAGAAGCACACACGACACGAGCAUCUUGACGAAGAAAAAGCCGGCCCGACGGGACCAGAUCCUCAGGCCUGGCUUCAGCUGGCCCCACAGCUCUGUCGUGUCCUGGAGCCCACGUGUUUGUCUUGAUAUGUGUCUGAGGCUGCUUGAGUCAGUCUGAACACUUGUAACCAUGUUGGCCCUGUGGACCCUUUGAUUUUUCUCUAUUGUUUGUUUUUUGUUUUUGGUCUGCUGCUUUUUUUUUUUAAAUAAAAACAAAUAAACUGUAAAUGUGA